CGUGACCAUGACCGUACACACGUCGAGCGUACAGUGCAAGAGACUAUAUGGAGUAAACGAAGAAUCGUUGUUUGCAUCAAUGCCACACCUCGAACCUUAGAAAAAUCUUCAGUAAUGAUUUGACUUGUACAAAAGCUACUAUACAUGCCAUGAAAUCUCACCGAGUUUGCUUGAUAGAGCUCUACUCACUUUAGCACCUCUUUUAACUUAAAAAAUAUACAUGGAUGUAUAAAACUAACUUUCUAGGGCUGUAACCAGAGCUCGGGAUAAAAUGGCUAUGAAACACGCAAAGUGAUAAAAACAAAAAAUAAAAGAAAGUGAAUAAAAAUGGCAAAGUUUCAAAUAAAGCAAUACACGAUUUGUGCCCGAAUACGCGUAUUCAUCAAUCUCGUCCAUAUGUUUUCUUGUACUGUACUCUUGGUUUGUGCACGUCCGUGAUCACAUGACAGGGGGGUUCAACAUCAGAUAGCGCCUAUUGUUUGUGUCUUUUGAAGUUCGUCUGGUUUCCUAACCAUCUCUAGCCUGCGUAGCGGCUCAGGCUAAACCAUCUCCCUCUACUAACUUUGAUGGGUUGUCUUUUUUUGUCUAAUCUUCACUAAAUGGAUAUGGGUACAAAAGUUUCAAAGGGCUCACGUCCAAAAAGAACAACUCCGCCAAUGGAAGGUCCGAGACACAAUUCUCGCAGAAUAUGCGAGGACACAUCGAUGGGCCAGCCGGAAUCAGCCGUGCCUCCUAGAAUAAGGGCCCGGCGGUCUGAGGGGGAGGGGAGAUGGGACCCUACUACAGAUGAGGAAUACCGCGAUCGUAAUCCUUUGCUGAAAGAAAAUACAAUUGCUGGCCUCCAGCUGCAACCGAAAGAAGUCGACUAUCACUUGGAAAUAAAUCACAAGAACCACAAUACAACCAAAUAUCCAAAACACCCUCGAAAUCCCGAGUUGACUGAAAAUGAAAAUAAAAAUGACAUCGGAGGGCUGUUGAUUGUCAGAAGAGGGCAGACAUUUGACUUGACUAUUUUGUUUGACCGCGCCUACGAUCCCGAAAAUGAUCAGAUAACUUUGGAUCUAGCCACAGGGACUCGCCCAGACCAAAGCAAAGGCACUUUGCUGCGACUGAGGGACAGCACCGAGACAGCUCCGUGGUCAUGGGGUAUGCAAAUCACACGCGUGGACGGUGACCGAGUGAGCAUGCAAGUAACAUCGCCAGCGGAUGCUGCAAUAGGGAGAUAUGAGCUUCUGGUGGAGACAGAACUGAAAGACCCAAAACCAGAUGGCGAGCUGAAGCGCAAAAAGUUUAAAGACAUCAUCGUGCUUUUCAAUGCUUGGUGCAAAGAUGAUGCCGUCUACAUGGAGGAUCAGUCUCACAGAGAGGAGUAUGUCCUAAACGACUACGGCCGCAUUUGGGUUGGACAUUGGUCGAAUUCACGACCUUGGAAAUUCGGACAAUUUGAAGCUGUGUCACUUGAAACCGCGCUUAAACUGCUUGACAAUUUGAAUGGUGACGCUCGCCGCAUUCCAAAGGAAGUUUGCAGAAGAGUGUCACAGAUGGUGAACAGUAACGACGAGGACGGAGGCAUUCUGGAAGGGAGAUGGGCUGAAGAAUACCCAGAUGGCACAUUUCCCUGGACAUGGACAGGGAGUGUAAAAAUCUUGGAAGAAUAUGCGCGAAAAAAUUCCACAGUUAAAUACGGGCAGUGCUGGGUCUUCUCGGGUGUUGUUACCACGUUGAGUCGCGCGCUUGGUAUUCCAACUCGCAGCGUCACGAACUUCGAUUCUGCUCACGAUACGGAUGGUAGUCUGACUAUCGAUACUCACUUUGAUGAGGAGGGUGAACCAAUAGCUCUCCUGAACAGUGAUUCAAACUGGAAUUAUCAUGUGUGGAACGAGUCGUACUUUUCGAGACCUGACUUACCGGCCGCUGAAUUUAGUGGAUGGCAGGCUUACGAUGCCACCCCACAGGAGCGCAGUGAUGGGAUAUUUCGAUGCGGUCCUUGUCCCCUAACUGCUGUCAAGAACGGUGACGUGCACAUACCGCACGAUACAGGUUUUGUAUUUGCGGAGGUGAAUGGAGACAGAUGUUAUUGGAUGGUAUAUGAAAAUGGCCACAAGGAAUUAAUAAAUGUCCAAAAAGAGGUUUUCGGCACGAACAUCAGCACGAAGGCAGUUGGUAGCAACGAGAGGGAGGACAUUACUGAGCUCUACAAGCACAAAGAGGGGAGCCCAGAAGAGCGCAAAGCCGUUGAACGCGCCUUGAGGGCGCGAGGACAACAUGAUUAUCCUUCUAUUGUAAAACCCAAAGAUGUCACCUUUAGCUAUGAAGUGCAAAGUGAUGUUGUUAUUGGCAGUGACUUCUAUGUCAUAGUCAAAGCUAAUAACAAGGGCAGUGAGAAACGAUCUGUGGAUAUCUCCAUAACGGUCAAGUCGGCAAUGUACACGGGAAGAAAUACGCAUGACGUCGCCAAGCUCCUCCGUCAGCGCGUAGAGCUGGAGCCUAACCAUCCCUACAUGCCGGAUAAAGAAAUCCAACUGAUUGUAAAGGCCCAGGACUACGUCACGCAAGAUCGGAUGCUAGAUGACGAGUUCUUGAUCUACUUCCACAGCGAAGUCCAUCCCCCAAGUAACGAUAGCGCUGACGCUAGUUCUACUUCUUAUGCGCGUGGGCAUAUGGAGACAGUUGUUCUGACAAUGCCGGAACUGCAACAAAAGCAGAAUGAAGUGUAUCAUAAGGUGGAUGAAGAUUUCGAAGUGGAGUUCUUCUUCGUCAAUCCCUUACCCAUUCCGCUGACCGGCAUCUGUUUCCAAUUGGACUGCAAAGACCUUACACCAGGCGAGCUGACCAGGAAACUCGAAUCUCCUGUUCAGCCCAACGAGAAAGCCUCAAUUCUCGUUACCUUCAAGAGCAUCAAAAAAGGAACGAAGGAAGUAGACGUUACCGUCACAACCGAUCAAAUUUCGGAAUUCGAUAAAUUAUUCUAUCAAUUCAUAAGGUCUUCUUAGCUCAAACAAUACUUUAAUUGUAACAAAUGGCACAAAUAACAUAUAAUCUGGGUUUUCAAAUUUAGCUAUCGCCUCGUAGAUUCGCAUACAAAGUCACACAAUAACACGACUAACAAUUCUUAGAACGGCAAAGUUUAGACCAACACGUAAAAUAUGCACGGGCAAGCAAAAUAGUACAAAGCUCGAUCUCAUUAGUGUGUCAAUAAUAGUCGAAAUCCUAAGAAGGCGGAAAAUGCUUUACAGCGAUUUUCAAUAAACUUCGAACUGGCAAACUGGUUAGGUUUCCAAACAACAUUUGCUGCUUUUUGAUUGGUUAGUGCCUUACAUCAAGAGGCGCUAGAAGCCAAUAAAAACUCUUCAAAGAGUGUGAAUGACAGAGGCUAUAAUGUGAUUGGACAUUGUCCGUGAGAGCUCGCAGAAUAUUGUAACCGUUAGUAAUCUUUUACAUUCCAGUGUUCAUCAUGUGAUAGAUCGAUAAAUCUAUCACUUUAUUUAAGUAGUUCAUAGCUGACAGCAAGAAGAUACCAAGAGUUUUUAAAAAUUGGAUAUCACAAUGUUUUAUACUGAGCACCUUGUGCAGUUGUUGUCGUUUUGCCAUUCAGUGAAAAUAGUUACUUAGCCAAGUUACAAUGUACACAGUUACCCAUGCAAUAAAAGAUAAAAACCCCA